CUUGCUUCAGGUGAUUAAGCCAUGGUAGGUUUGUAGGGCUGUACAGCAGCUGCAACACUCAGCACAACGAGAGAAGAAACACAAUUCGCAAGAAAUUUUGAUGCCUUCAACUUUCUAUGGCUUCGCGUGUCGUGAGGCAGACCAACAGUCCUCACAGAAACCUAAACCCUCUACCCACACCACAUAAUGCAACAAUGGUGGGGUCAGGUCUGAGUUCGUCCACAAGCUCACAAAGUAGUGCCCUCAUUGUGGCAGCGCCCAGUGCUGGAAGGUAUGCUUCUGAAGCAGUAACCUCAAGCCCAGCAUCAAAUCUUAGCAACAACAACAACAACACAUCAAGACCACAAUCUAGAGAGCAAAAUGUGGACAUUCCUUUAAGUGUAUCACCACCUACACCGAACUUUGUUUCACCUAAUUCUAGCACAAGUGCACCGAUUACACAGAUGCUAUUUUGGCAGGCUGGUCAACCAGGCUUUGACCCUGCCAUGUCUGUACGAUUUCCUACAGCUAAUUUUUACACUCCUAGUAUGACACCAGUUGGUUAUGGUGGGAUAAAUUUAUCUCAAGGUGGAAUAAACAACAACUUCAAUAUGCAUAAACCAGUACUACCUGCUCAACAGGAAAGCAAGCCACACCCGCCCGAAAAGCUGCACCAAAGUCAUCAGUUCAUCAAGUCCUCUCCAUCAUCCAGUGCUCCUCUGAGCCAUGUUCCUCCUCCAUCAGAUGGCUCAUUCCCGAAAUCAAUGAUGUUCACGUAUGCAGCAUCCUCCACCACAGAGAGCACAACAGUUGUAACUGGGAGACAUAACUCGAAUGGAAAUGUUGACUAUGCUUCACUGGGACAAAAUGUUAUUCGACCGAUAUCCAACACUGCCAUAGGUGGUGGAACAUCAUCAGGGACCGUAUCCCGUCCGUCAAGCUCCAUGAGUGGCGGAGUAGGAGGAGGAGGAACAACUCCUGGAUCAGAAUCGAUGAGAAGAAGAAGACGACUUGAAACUCCAGUUCAACCUCCAGGAAGAUUGCAGGCCCACCUGCAGAGGUGCAUUGGACUGCAGAUUCUUGCAAGAAGAGGGGACACGUACCGGCAUGCAGAGUUUGUGAAAGUGCGAAUGGAUGGACAGGUUGGCGUCCUGUUUCGCGGGGACAAGGAAAAAACUAUUAACUAUUUCAUGGACCCUGAAAAUACCAAUCAUGUUAUAGCUGACAUUCCUAUAACAACUGACAAUCUGGUUCAACAAGGCCAGAAGAUCUGUGUUCGUCCCCAUGUUAACUCUACAGUGUAUAAGACUGCCACAGUACAAAGCUACCAACCUGACAAGAUGAUGUACUCUGUGAUUGUGGAUGCAGAUGAGGUUGACUUAGUUACAGGCACAGCUACGAGAGAUAUCAUAUCCGUGCCACUAGAGAGAGCUAGAGGAUUCACUGCUCCUUGGUUACUUCCGAACCUCCCUUCACCCCCACCUAUUACACAUGAUGGAGAGUCUGAACUGGAUCUUGAGCAUUCUCGCACGGAUGAUGAGGUCACUGACACCGCAUCCGAGUCCGACAGCGAAAAUGCUCACUCCUCCGCUGCCACUACUCCUGCUCCCGGAGACAGGCAUCCACAUCCUCACCAUCAUACUCCUCCACAUCACCAUCCACUCACUAAAUCUCGGAGUCAUGGAGGAAGACAUCAUUCCGAUGUUCGGUUUUCAUUCACAGGGUACCCUGGCUUUAAUAGCCUUGAAAGUAUUAUUGGUGAUAGACCACGUCAUUGUUCAGGUGCAAGUGAUGUCAGCAUACCAAGUCCAUGCCCGGAGCAAAUGCCUCGUACAAGCCGAUCUGUAAGUCGUAACUGCACGUCCAUGUCACCUAACCGCGGUAUAUCUGGGUCGGUUGUUGGAUCGAGGCCAAGUUCUUCUCUGAGCGAACGCAGCGUCAGUCGUGCAUCAUCACGAUCUGAAACACCUGUCCCAUCUGGGGCGUUGAAGUAUAAUAAAGGGGAAAUUGUAACGCUCAGGACUGGAGUGAGGAAAAAAUAUAAUGGCAAGCAGUGGCGGAAACUUUGCUCAAAAGGCGAUUGCAUGAAAGAGUCUCAAAGAAGAGGAUACUGUUCCCGUCAUCUUUCGAUGAGGAGCAAGAGCAAUGCUACUCCAGAGAACCCACAAAUGGCGUCUCCACGGAUGAACAGAGCCGCCUCCACCUCCUCUCUUGAUCACGGACUCUCUCCCCGCUCCUCACAGUUCAUCUCUCCUCGAAGAUCAGACAACAUCCUCCCAACCAUGCCCUCCCCUCACUCCGCCUCCCCGAGGCACCCAGCGUCUGCAUCGUUGUCACGGAAACGACCUUCCACAGCUAUGGAUGAAAUGGCCGCUCACAUGCUUGUUUCUUUAGCUGGCACGCCCCAGUCACCUGACAUGAGCCCCAUCAACCACUCACAUAAACACCCUGGUGAACCUGGUACUUCCCCCUUUCCAACCCGCCCCGCUUUCUCUCCCAUCACCCAACCGUCACCCCUCCACCCUAGCGAGGCAGCGAGUGUUUCAACUGCUGCAUCUCUUAUGCCACCAAGUGGACAGAGAUGGCUAAUUCCAAAACCUCGCAAUAAUGCAGAUGGAAUGCCUUACAGACAUUCAAGUAGUAUAGCUCCCACUUUCUCCACCAAUCUUAACUUCAACACACCAGCAUCCCAUUAUAAGAUACGAGCCCCAGCACCCCGUGUGAAGAAGUUCGAUCCACACAAGAACGAAAACGCUGACUCUGGUGUGGAAAGUAUAGGUCACACCCCUACCCCCACGACCCCAGGUGUUACUUCGCGUCCCAUCACCCCUGUAUCUUACGUGAGCCCCACCACAAGUGCCACACCCUUCCACGGUCACCCCAGUCAGGUGAUUUCACCCCCCAAACUGGUGUCACGCCCCAUUGGCUCCGUAAGUGGACCCACACCCACAGUAGGAACAAGUGAUGGAGCGUUUAUCAGGAGAACAAGAGAGUAUGCCCAAGAAAGUAAAUCUGACCUAAACCACAAGUUAAUCGAUGGACACCAUCGCCAUGACAACCACCGCGUUUCUGUGGCUCUUAACGCCGCGUUCACCAACCCUGGUGAAAAGCGGGCCACUGCGUUCCGAGCCAGUGCUUCCCACAUAAAAGAAUUCAAACCUCAAGAAUUGCCUGAAAAUCGUGGCAACACUGGAGCUGUGGAUUUGAAAUCUUCAAACCGGCAACUAGCACCGCAGAAUCUUAACUUGGAGAAAAUAUACCCACGCAUGGAAGUAACUACUAACUCCGCUACUACUAACUUGGACACUCUUAUUUCAGCUGUAACACAAAUCCAAAAACAAGACGAGAAUAGAAUACUUGCACCAAUAGGAAGCGGCGUUCCUGACCAACCAACCAAUCAGCACGUUGCGUCCCCUGCCCCACCCCCUACAACUUCGUCACACGAUGGCAAUCCCGGCAGUGUCGGUCCCGUGGUGUACAACACUGACCUGAGGUUGCUUCAAAGUCGUCUUUACCCUGGUCAUCCAACCAUGCUACCAUUCGCCGCCCCAUACCACACACUUGUGCCACAAGAUGGCAGCAGUCAAGGUGUAACAACCCCCCGAUACUUCCCCUACACUUUCAACCAUACUAUGAUCAUGCCUUCAAAUUCUGGUGAACACCCUACUGCAGUCUCAUCCGAAUCAAAAGUGAUGCUGAUACCACCAGAGCUGGCAUCCAUGUAUGCACCAGGGUUGUUCAUGGGCCAUCAACCCAUCAUAUACUCAGCUGUGCCUCCACCUGUGCCAGAAGAGGCCAAACCUGCACAAGAACCAAAGCCAGUAGCAGAGUAUGUUGAACCAGCAACAGCUCAACCUGCCAAGGAGGAAGUAACUCAACCACCAGCUGUGGAAACUGUGCAGGCCUCAAGUCCCAUCAGCAUGCUUGGUGAUCGUGUGGUGCAUCAGUGGCAUCAACUUCUUCCUUUCCUGGGUCAGGUUCGGCAGGCAGAGACCCCGCCUGACCCCGCUGCUGGUAAACCCUCCACCCUUGCUUCACCCACACGCGAACGAGAAACCCCAAGUGUUGAAACCACCACCCCAAAUCACUCCAACCACCAGCAAGCACGAGGUAGCCAAGUAUCAGAACCCCCCAACCACCAUUACACUCACUCUACAUUACCCAACACACCUUCUCAAGCUACAGAAGUAAAACCAUCUGCACAACAUGAGCAACCCAGGGAACAUGAAGAUGAAGUGUUUCUGCCGCUAUCGGACCACAGUGUUUCCACGGACGAGUACCUGAUGUCCCCCCUUGCUCCUCACCACUCGGUAGCAUUGACAUUUGAAGAGAGCGUUCCAUCUUCCACGGAUGAAGGGAAUCCUCCUCCAAAGAAACAAAGAUCAACAUCCGAGUGCGAGGACAAAGAUCCAAGAAGUCCAAGAAAAAAGCCAAGCAAAGACCACAUCCGUCGUCCAAUGAACGCUUUCAUGAUCUUCAGCAAGAUGCACAGAGGACUUGUUCAUCAGAGACAUCCCAACCAGGAUAACAGGACAGUGAGCAAGAUCCUAGGGGAGUGGUGGUACGCUCUGCCUUCCACAGAAAAGCAGAAAUAUCACAAUCUAGCUUUCCAAGUAAAGGAAGCUCACUUUAAAGCGCAUCCGGACUGGAAAUGGUGCAGCAAGGAGCGCAAACGAUCUGGGAGCAUCUCAAGAGCAAGGAAGAUGUCGGAAUCUUCAGUUGGAUCUGUGGAAUCAAAACCUCCAUCAUCUGUGGUCCUAUCUCCAACUGCAGCUUCCCCCUCAUCAUCUGCACAUCACAACAUCCACACAAGUGACACGGUUACCGUGCCAACCAUGAAACCUGUCAUCUUGCAGUCGAGUGAUGAGACGCAGCCAUGGACACAAACUGCAUCCUAUGUCCUCCCUCCUCUUGCCUCUCACUCUUCCUCUCACUCCUCCUCCCAUCCUCUCCCCUCCGUGCCACCCACAGAAGCCGUGGCGACCUUCUCGGCACCACAGGGGAUGCCGUGGCAGCAGCCGGGUCCACGUGGCCGGCGUCGAUCUCGUGACUCUAACAUCAGUGCUCGCUCAAGAACACCUUCGUUGGAAAUUGAUUUAAAAUGCAGAGAAAGAGUCGCAACAGAUUCUGAUAUAUCCGAAGAUGAAGUGGAUGGAAGCAAACAAGGAUUCCAUCGGCAAAAAUUCCUUCCUAAAAAUGCGGCAUAUAUUCAGUCAAACAGCAGUGCUGGAUACAAACGGCCGAAACCCAUUAAACCAGUGACUGGUAGUGGUGCAGUGAGCCCACAUGUUGGUAAUGGACUUGCUGAAAGAAAAGGAACAAGUCCUUUCCAACCAACAGGAAAUGUGUUCCGUAGUUUAUCACGAGGUGGAACAUCUUCUCCCAACCAACCUCACUCAACCCAACAGCCAACACAACCAACAGAACCUUCUAAAGCAGCAAGCUCUGUUGUCCCCCUAUCUACCCCAGUCUUACCACCCCAGCAACCACACCAACCACUUUACAUUGCACCCAAUAUGCUGCAGUUCUUCCAGCAAGGCAGUAUACCACAGUUACUCCAAGGACAAGUAGUCCAACCAUCCACUUCUGCUCUCCAGACUUACCAAGUCAUUGCUGUGGACCCAAAUGCUGACAAUCAGCUUCGUGGCAAUCCGGUUUCAACCAGAAAUAUCCUGCCAGCCAAGCCUGCAAUGCUACCAACUGCAACAUCGCCUCUUGUAUCUGCUGUUGCUUAUUCAGCUGCACCGAUAAAGGGUCAGAAUCCCAUCAAAGCUGUUGCUAAGGUAUCAUCUUACCCCAACACCAUAGCACGCCAUCCUGUGCAAUACAUCCGUCCACCAAUGAACAUAAGACCAGACCAAACACCCCCUACAUACCACGUGACUCUACCCACUUCUCUCACCCCGAAUGUUCCACCCACAAUCUCAAAUAUAUCAAUCUCUUCCCUCUCGCAAGGUACAGCCAUCACUUCCAUUCAUAAAACAUCCACCACUGGUAAUAAUAUGGACAAACCAGUUGCUUAUAUACAAGGCAUCAAGCCCCUGAUAGAAUCAUCCACAACCACCCUCCCAUGCACUACCACAUAUCUAAAGCCACCUCUAACCAAAUCCUUAGUUGGUAUUCGUCCAAUCACUGCUCCUGAAUUACUUGGCCAAGCACAAGCCCUUCAACACCUUUCUACGUUCUCUCGUAGCUCGACAGGCGUACAGGGUCAGCACGAAAGCUCAAUCAAGUAUGUAAGCAUACCGUCCCAUCUUGCCCCGCGUCUAACCGGUGAUAAAGGACAACCCCCGCCGUUGCCCCUACUCCAACAACAAGGGAGAGGCGUUGAAGCCAAAACAGUCGGCGCGAAGGGAAAACCCAUACCAGAAACUACCCCAACAACCCAGCGUCGUUACCAGCCUUAUUUCUCAUUAAAAACUGACUCCAAAGCCAGCGGUCGCGUCCCAUUCAACCCACAGUUGACCUCAGCAGCGAAUACAUUAGUAGCUUCAUGUGCGUCACUUGCCCCACGACCAUCUUUAUCCACAUCACUAAACAAGCAGCCAUCUUUGGUUCCCAACACCCAAGGCUUAAGCAGCAUACCAACCAUGUAUUCCACAACCCAUGGAUUUGUGAACCCUCUAGCAACCAAUGUACCACUGACAUCCUCACAGCCAGUAGUGACUACAGAGCAAAUUUCUCACUCCUACAUAAUGAGUGUCACAGGUUCAACAAACAAAAAAUUUGGGCCCACUUCAACAGUAGCUAUAGCAACCGUGAACCAAUCAGGUGGUAGCAGCGUGGUUGCCAUGGAAUCUCGUAAUGGAGUUCCUUAUCCAAGUUCUAUGGACAGAUCAAACCAUUUUCCUUCUCUUGCUCAGAAAGUCCGAGCAUCCGUUGCAAUGGUACCAGUGUUAUCAGAGUCGUUUGUCACCACCCCAACGCAGUUAACCAGCGGCAACACUGUGGUCAUAAAUUCGAAUAUAAACGAUCAACAUGCAAGUCCCCAAUUACACCAAGCAGAUAGCUUACCACCAACCACCACUACCAAUGUGAAAAAGUCAACAGCACCAGUAUCUUCCACCUCCGUAAUCAAACUUGCUCCCGUACCAAACAAAUUCCCUUCCCGUAGACGACAGAGUUUGAUGUUGGGCGGACCUGAGGAUCUGGAAACUGAUGAUAGCAACGAUGGGAAACCACGCACAGAAGAUGAUGUUGGUGAUCAAUCUUCCUCCUCCCAACACCAGGAGAUAGAGGAAGAAGUCCAGGGAAGCAGGAGGAGCAUCGAACAGAAAGCAAAUAUGAAAGAACAAGACUUCAGCAGAGACAGGAUUUUGGACCAAGUGAAUUUUAAGGCACAAUUCAGCCAACUUCCUCAGUUGAAACCAGAGUUGAUACCAACACCUGGUACACCUAAGGAGUUGCCCACCACACCUGAUGUAGUGUUGCAAAGCUAUAGAAAGAGAAGGAGAAAUUCAACUGAUUCCCCGAACACCUCUAACUCCCCCAUGCAUAAACGUCGGCACAGAAGAAAGGGGAGCAUGACGGGGUUGGAGGUUCCGUCAACCCCUUUAUCUGCUGCCGGGUCUCGACCCACCUCUGCAGUGACCUCUAGCGGCCAUUGUGAGGCUGAUGUAUUUACGUUCGAUAACAGGGAAAUGGUGGCACAUAAAGAUGAAUCUGACACAUCAGAACCUCCCGAUUCAAAAGGAAGCACUUUGCGUCAAAUCCUUGAUCAGAGGAGGAUGUUGGUCAUCCAGUUGUUUGAGGAGCACAGUCUUUAUCCUAACACUCAUGUUACCAAUGAGUUCCAAUCUCAACAUUCGGACAUUUUUCCAUCGAAGAGCUGUUUGCAACUGAAAAUUCGAGAGGUGAGGCAAAAAAUGAUGCAAGUUCAGGGAGAAGAUAAGUCCAAAGGAUCAGUAGAGGAUCAGUCCUCUUCUGCUGCAUCCGGACUUGAGAAGGUUGAUGAUCACAGAGCAGAGCAGUUUGUUUAAGAUGUGACUCGUUGAGGCAACACACUGUGAUGUGAGGAGUUCUUUUCGUUUUUUUCUUACCAAAGUUCACACCACCACCAGUUUUAGUUGUUUGCGCUUUUUACCGGAGCUUUUUCUGCCUUGGCUUCUCUUUGUAUUUGUUCCCCACCUUUUCGAAGACAGAAGAUGUAACUGUAAGCACAGGGGAGACAGGAAUUUGAUCAUGAGAGGCAUUUUUACCUGCGGUUGGUGGUCAGCGGCUGGCCCGCUGUUGUGAGAUACAAGAUUUGUGAGUUUUUACCUCGGCUAUUGCAAGCUUCGCAGCGUAUGUGUCUGAAGAUGGUUUUUAGAGUUUUUUGCCAGGUGUUUUUCUACGGGAGUUUGGCAUUGCGUGGUGUUUUCGCUUUCAGCGAGUUGUUGUUGUUGUUGCCCAUCACUGCCUUGUCAACAUCCUAGGCCAAUUUUGAACUGUCAGAAACACAGUUUCUUUUCUUCAAGGCUUUGGGCUACCAUGUCCGACAAGAGCCACGCUUUCUUUCCUUCUGUUGUAUAAAGCGAAAAUAUUUUUAUGUCUGUUAACUCAGCAGCACUUGUUCUAUUUUAUUUCAUUUUACCCAGACAGCCCGAACCAUUAGCUGAUUUUUAACGCUAAGUGCUGUGCAGACAUGGGAGUCAGUUUCUUGUACAGAUUUAUGUUAUAUUCCUAUUCCUUCUGCACAACUGUAUAUCACUUGCUCUAAUUUCAAGAGGGUCAAAGUAAAAAUCGCUGUUUUCAGCAUUAUAUUCAAUUAUAUUGCUGCCGUUAUUUUAAUGCCUCUUUGUUUGUAUUCUAACGUGGCACACUUGCGAUUUCCAUGUACUAUAUAUUUUAUUGUACAGCAAACCAGCCUUUCUUAUUGCUCUUUUUUUGCUUUUGUUCCUUUUACGCCAACAAUAUACCCUCUCUGCGUUUUAUUUGGCAUUCACGCACACUGCACAUAACCGCAACACCAUGUUUUAAAAAGAAAGAGACCUACUAACAGCGCUGCGCCAAUCACCUAUUGUGCUUUAUGUAGCAUUUCAAUUUCUCCCUUAUAAAUGUAAACAUGACAAUACAAUUUCUCUAACUGCGCCACAAACAGCUGUAUCUCGCAUUCAUGGUUACCAUCCCAGGUCUGGCUUUUGGUUUCUGAUACUGCACUUAAAAAAGCAAAAAGAGAAAAACGAAUUAGACUGCAUCACAUGUUAAUGUAUUUGGAUUCACAGAAAUAGAAAUGUUAUUUUGUUCACUUGGAUAGUAAUUGGAUUGUGUACAUCCUUCCUAUUUUUUCUUUUCAUGUUCUUUUCCAGUGUCACCCGUUGUUGUAGUUAAUGCAAAUAACCACUUCAGUUCAAUACAAGAGUCGCAUUAGUGC